AUGUACAACAACCAGUACGCAGAUAGUUACAUGUCGGAGCAGCAAUAUUCCGCCCCAACCGCUCGCCAGACGCGCCACAACGGUCUGCAGGCUGCUCAGCAAGCAUUCCCUGGUUUAUUCCCUGGAGGUCGCUCUGCACCAAUCAAUCCAAACUCUCAAGGUCAAGUCCCAGCUUACAUGCGCCGUGCGCUGCCUCCCAUCGUUGCUCUGGAAGACCAUAAAAGCCGAGUCUUAUCAGUUGGAGACUUUGUGAGCGUCGCUAGGUUCAGCCGAUCCAAGAAGACGUUCUACCCGGCUCGAAUUGGCCAGAUCAAGAAUGUGGGCACCGACACGGUUCACUGCACCAGGACAUUCGAUGUACUUCACAUCGACGAGUACACUCGUAAGUGCGAGGAGGAUACCUACGAAAUCUGGCGAGGUGAUUCGAUUGCUGCCCUGGACGGCGGCAACAUGCAAGAGUUGGCAGCUCUUUACGCGAACGCGUCUAAUGCUACUGCGCCGACCAUGGGACCCGCUCAUUCCAAUGCCUCCAAGGCUCUAGCUACACCCUAUGUUCGGGGUGAAAUUCACUCUCCUUCCCGCAGGCGAUAG